CGUCACAAACCAAGAUGGCGCUCUCCGUGCGGACAAAUUUCAAACAUCUCUUCAGGACAAUUCAGAAGUUUAGCUCUCCGAAAAGGUUACUGUGCGCUGGGACAUGUACGGGAAACAAGGAAUCUCCAGGAGGUGGACGGGUGUUUUCUGGGAUCCAGCCGACGGGGGUUCCCCACCUGGGUAACUACCUGGGUGCCCUGGAGAACUGGGUGGCCCUGCAGAACCAGUAUCCCUCAGUCCUGUACAGCAUCGUGGAUCUGCACUCCAUCACCCAGCCUCAGGAGCCGGCCCAGCUCAGGAGCAACAUACUGGAUAUGGCCGCCAGCCUGCUGGCCUGUGGCAUCGACCCGGAGAGGGCCAUUCUGUUCCAGCAGUCUCGGGUGUCGGAGCACGCAGAGCUCUCCUGGAUCCUCAGCUGUCUGACCAGCAUGCCCCGCCUCCGACACCUGCCCCAGUGGAAGAUGAAGAGCAAACAGAAGAACGAGGGCAGUGUUGGUCUCUACACAUAUCCUGUCCUGCAGGCCGCCGAUAUUCUGCUCUACAAGUCCACUCACGUCCCCGUCGGAGAGGAUCAGGUCCAACAUUUAGAGCUGGCUCAGGAUCUCGCUCGAAUCUUCAACAACCGCUACGGAGAUCUGUUCCCUGAACCCGCCGCCCUGCUCAGCUCCACACGAAAAGUCAAGUCUCUUCGGGAUCCUUCUGCAAAAAUGUCAAAAUCUGACCCUCAAGCGAUGGCGACCGUCACCGUCACAGACUCUCCUGACGACAUCGCCCUCAAGAUCCGCCGCGCCGUCACCGACUUCACCUCCGAAGUCACCUUUGACCCCGAGACGCGGCCGGGCGUGUCCAACCUGGUGACGAUCCACGCCGCCAUGGCGAUGAUCGGCGUGGAGGAGGCGGUGCAGCAGGCCAGAGGGCUGGACACGGGAGAGUACAAGAAGCUGGUUACGGAGGCUGUGAUCCAGAGGUUAGCGCCCAUCAGAGAGGAGAUCGAGAGGCUGAGGGGGGACAGGGCUCACCUGGAGGAGGUGCUGGAUCAGGGGGCACGCAGGGCUCGAGAACUGGCUGCUCCGGUCCUCAGGGAGGUCAGACACAGGGUGGGAUUCUGCUGAGCCUGCAUUAAUACCACAGGCUGAGCUCAGUACGACAUGCUGCUGGUGACACCUUUUAUUCCCAUGACUGUUCGCGUUUCUCAAACAUGACCUCACAACGUGCUGGUGACAUGUGAAAACAGAUCAACGGACUACAAACGGAUGAAUGGAGCAGCUUUGUUAUUUUGCCUUCUGAGUUUGUCUCCUUGAAAUGAACGAGGAGUCUGUUUAUUAUGAUGUUUAUUUAUUCAC